AUGACCACCGACGCGUGCACCCCAUCGGAGGCCGACCUGCGCGCCGAGAUCGCCAAGCUCGAGCUUGAACUCAAGGGCGUCACCGAGAAGGCUCGGCUAUCGCAAGAAGCCCUUGACAGCGCGCGGUCCCAGGAGCCCACCGAGCCGAAGAAGAAGCCGCGGCGGCGCGGCGGGAAGAAGAAGAAUAAAAUGUCCGACGCCAUCCAGGAGGCGCGCCAAGAAGUGCAGCGCUGCCCGCGGAACGCGCAGUGCCGCCUCGACCUGGCACGAGCGUACGAGGGCGAGGAUAAAUUCAGAGAGGCCUACGCCGAAGCGUCGGCGGCCAAGAUCUUGAUCCCGACUUAUGGAAGGGCCUGGCGGCUGAAGCAGAAGCUCGAGAAGGUCAUGGCCGAGAAAAACAUCAGUUUUGAGGACGAUGAUAACUUAUAUUUGGAUACGCCUCUGGAUGCGAAAGUAGAGGAUGAUAAUGAAUUGCCGCCCGUCACGGCGGACACACCAGAGGAAGCUCGAGAAAAGGCCGCGGAGGAGAAGAAACAGGGCGACGCGCAUUUUCUCGGAAAAAGACACGAACAAGCGUGUGAACGGUGGGGCCGCGCCAUUGAAUUGUUGAAGGCGCACGACAUCACCGACGUGUCCGUGGCCAAGCUCUACUCGAAUCGCGCCGCGGCUCACCUCGCGUUGAAAAAACAUGUCCUGGCGGCGCGCGACGGAGCCUUGGCCGUCGAAUGCGAUGCAGGAUGGUGGAAGGGCCACUGGUACUUCGGCCAGGCGACUUUGGAGCUCGUGAAGGCGUCGGCCGCGCAGCGCGGCGCGUGCACCUCGAAUGGGGAAAGAGCCCAGGAGGCCUACCGGGCCUUCGUCCGGUGCGCCGGCGUCUGCCCCGCUUCCAAGAAGGACGAGGUGGAAUUACUGGCGGCGACGACCCAACAAAAGAUCUACGAGAUGACGGAGCAGGAGGGCUGCGUGGUCUGCUAAGUAGGGCUUUUACUACUAGUGUUACGGGGCGAGGACUCGUGGCCCAGGGGGAGACAUCGCGCGUCGUUUCGCAUACUUGCUAGUGUCUUACAGGCGCUAGCUAAAGCCGGUAGCGUUGGCCCAAAUCGGCCCCAGAUCGUGGCCGGUCGCAUCCAGGGGCUGCCCGCCGCAGGAAAACGCCUGCCAGCGACCGGGGGCAGCCCUUCCGUCUGCGAGCCUGGGGCAGAAGCUAUCAGAGCCAUGCUGGCCCAGCUGCCCUCGGCCCUUGAGGCUUUUGACGACGCGGGCAGCGUCUUCCUGCCGCCGGACCCGAACUUUCAGGAUCAUGACGACGACGACGAUUCCUUCGCGUCCCAGGAUACAUUAUUAGAGGACGCGCGCACGAAGCACAAGAGGUUGGCAAGGCAGCGCCUCGAGGCCGCGUCGAGGGACGCGAAGCCCGUGAAGACGAUGCCGAUGACGCAGCCUAUUGUCGUCAAAACGCCGAAGAAAGUGCAGCCGCCGACGCCGUCUCCCUUAACACUCGACGCCGUCACAAAACUCGCGACGGCGGACGUAAGACGAGAGCUCGAGGCGCGAGGCCUCCGGAGCGCCGGGCCGCGGAGUAUCGCCGUGGCUCGACUGAGGCACGCGCUCGAGCCCCAGCAACCGACCCAAAAGAAGAGCAGCGGCACCGGGACGGGCGUCUUCGACAUCGCCGACUUUGCGAUAUCUCCGGACGCGGACCGCGUCGCGUUCGGCUCGACGAUACGACUGAAAGUCAGUCCCGAGGAGCACGGCGCCGUGGAGUACUCGAUCCAGUGCGCGAAACUUAUAGGAGGGAGCAAACAACUCUAUCAAGCGUGGGCGGCGCCGUCGUUGACCAAGGGCCAGACCUACGAGCACGUGUUCGACGAUGUUGGUAUUUACAUUUUAUCGGAACCGACGCACCGCUUCGAAUGCCAGGUCGAGGUCUACGCCGUGACCGGGAUGAAGGAGCUCCGCGAGGAGGCGAAGCGCCGGAAGGUCGAGGCGAAGCGGCGCCAGGUGUCCGAGGAAAAGGCGUCGCAGGAGAAGAUGCGACGAGACGCCGAGGCGAAGCGACGGCAAGAAGAGGCGCAGCGCCUCGAGGCCGAUGAGAGAGCCAGAGCCCAGGCCGAGGCCGAGAAGAACGACCCCAAACUAAGGAGGGAGGCCGAAGCGAGACGCGAGGAGGCCGUCUUCGCCUCGUCGCACCAGUGGAAGAUGCGGCCGCGCACGUCGCACACGGGGACCGGUAGGCGGCGAAGAUUGCACCAGCUCCUCGACGAGUCUCGCAACGAGCAGAAGCCGUCGCGGCCGUCCACAUCUCAUUUAGCGAUGCCGGCGCCCGGCCAGCACAAGCCCAUGUACGCCGAUCAAAGACGACCGUCGACGUCGGCCAUGCGGCCGGCGUCCUACGGCGCUUCCCUGAGGAGAGCGCCCCAGGUCCGCCACACGGCCGCCUCUAUUUUAGCUCUGCCGGACCGCUGGGUGAACACCGACUUGUUAGAUGAUGAGAGUGAUGAGGACAUCGUGGCACCGCGACGGCAGGCGAAGAGCCAGAUGGUCUUCGUAAAAAGUUCGGGCACGUACGAGCGACGGUUGACGAGGGCCGCCGUGUCGUCGUUCGCGCCGAAGGCGGCCAAGGCGCCUCCCAAAAAAGCUACGGUGAUGGAGUUGAAAGCGCGCGCCGCCGCUGAGGCUUGUAGGGACCAGCCGAAGCGCCUCGGGGCGCCGGCCGACGACCCGGAGCCAAUCACUCCGCAGCUUAGGGUGGGCGGUUCUGCGACAGAGCGGGCCACGGGCAAAGUAUGUAGAGUCGUCGGCAAGAAGCAGGGCCUCUAUCAAAUCCAGUUCGCCGGCUCAAGUGCGACGCACGCGCGGCGCGCCGCGCAGCUCACGGCUACAAUAGAAGAGGAGGCCGCCGCGCCUGUGACGCCGCCAAAACCACCCGCGCCGUCAUUACCCCAGAUUAUCAUAGAGGACAACGCCUGGGCGCCGCUUGACCUCAUCGUGGCGCCGGGCGACGAGUGCGAGGUGCGGGUCCACGAGGACGAACCUAGAUGUGUGGAAUAUCAAAUCAAAUGCGAGCGCAUCCUGGACUACGUGCCGCCGCUGCACGUGGAGCUCUUCGAAACCAACAUAAUGACGGCCGGCGAGGUCUUUCGGUAUGUGUUCAAGGAACAGGGCCGCUACGAAGUUUUUGACGUCGACGCGCCAGAAAUACGCGGCGUCAUUCACGUC